AUGUCAAAGAAGGCGCUCAUCAUUAUCGAUGCUCAGAACGACUUUGUAGACCCUGCUGGGGCUCUUUCAGCUCCUGAUGGGCAGAGCAUCUUAGACCCUAUUGCUAAACUCAUGCAAGAAGACACGUGGCAGUGCGUGGCGAUGACGAGGGAUUGGCAUCCUAGUAACCAUGUAUCUUUUGCCAAGAACCAUGGAGUGCGUGAUUUCAGUUCGUUUACUUAUCAUUCUCCAGUCCGAGGCAGAGAGAAGGACGUACAGGAGGCUACCCUAUGGCCAGUUCAUUGUGUACAGGGCACCUGGGGCGCCAAGGUGGUUGGUCAAGUGUUCCAGGCGUUUCAGAGCCUCAAAAAACCAAGCCUCCUUGUUGACAAGGGUUUUUUGGCAGAUCGAGAAUACUAUUCAGGAUUUACAGACAUCUGGGGCGAGCACCAGACAGAACUACAGAGUUUUCUAGAACAACAGGGUGUAACAGAGGUAUAUAUUGUGGGCUUUGUCUUGGAAUAUUGUGUCAAGCACACGGCAAUAGAUGCAUCUAAAUCUGGCUUCAAGACGAACAUACUGUGUAAAUAUACGAAAACGAUAAACAGCGAAGAGGAAGUCAUAUUUAAAGUAAAGGAGGAACUGCGUCAACGUGGCGUUACGUUAGUGGACUAA